CCCCCUUGGCUUCAUCUCCUCCCAUUAUCUUCUAAACUUCAUCAAACCAAAAAAAAAUAAGAACUCAUUUCUUUUUCCUCUCGAAAUCCCAAAGAUAAGAUAAAAUUUACAAACUCAUAUUUUUUCAUUUUUACUCAGAUGAGUUUUGAUGAUUCAUGCAACUCAGGUCUUGUUCUUGGAUUAGGUCUCUCACCAACUCCAAAUCAUUACAAUAAUGCCAUCAAGCGAUCUACCGGUUACAAGCUCGAGCCCUCGUUGACUCUAAGCCUCUCCGGCGAUCCCUUGUUGACGGUGGUCGCCGGAGCUGACCAGCUUUGCCGUCAGACGUCAUCUCUCAGCGGAGUCUCUUCUUUUUCAAGCGGGAGGGUGGUGAAGAGAGAGAGGUACAGUGGGGAAGAGUCACCGGAGGAGGAGGAGACUACGGAGAGGGUUGUAAGUGAUUAUCAUGAAGAUGAAGGUGUUAGUGCUAGAAAAAAACUUAGGCUUACGAAAGAACAAUCUGAUCUUCUUGAGGAAAGCUUCAAGCACCAUAGCACCCUUAAUCCCAAGCAAAAGCAAGUUCUGGCAAGAGAGCUGAAUCUAAGGCCUAGACAAGUUGAAGUAUGGUUUCAAAAUAGAAGAGCCAGAACAAAGCUGAAGCAAACAGAAGUAGAUUGCGAGGUUUUGAAGAAGUGUUGUGAAACAUUAACAGAUGAGAACAUGAGACUUCGGAAAGAGAUUCAAGAACUCAAAACCCUAAAAUUGUCUAAUCAGCCGGUUUACAUGCACAUGCCUGCAUCGACUCUAACGAUGUGUCCUUCCUGUGAGAGAAUCGGCGCCGGUGGCGGCCGUAGUGUGGCCACCACGGUGGUCGUCGAUGGAGAUAGGGCGAAAGGACCUUUCUCCAUCUCCUCAAAGCCACACUUCUUCAACCCUUAUACCAAUCCAUCUGCAGCUUGUUGAAUAAUAGGAACUCGUUUUUUUAUUACUUAAAAUAUCUAUAUAUACAUAUAUAUAUGUAUAUAUUUUCUUGGGGUGGCAUUUUAACCAGUAGGAAGAAGUAAGAACACAAGACCUAUGUUAGAAAGGGUAAGAUGGGUAUAGACGGUCUCUUCUACAAUUCCCACUUUGUUUUUCAGUGGGAUUGUUGGUUUGGGGAAAAGAAUCAUUUGUAAUUAUUAUUUUAUUUGUAGAAAAAGGUAAAAAAUAGUUUUCACUAA